CAAAAAAAAAAAAAAAAUGCGAAGGCUUGGCAAGGCAAAGCAAAGGCAUGAACGGCCCCCGAUUCUUCUUCAGUGUGUGUCUCUCUCUUCUCUUCUCUUCUCUUCUCUCUAAUGUCAUAUCAUAUCAUGCAAGAAGGGCAUAACAAUAACCCCCUCUCGCACACGUCAUUGCCUUCCCUUAUACCCAGGUCUCAUUUCUUCAUUCAAAUUCAUCCAUCCCUCCAACCCUUUAAUUUUCCUCUCUUUCUCUAUCCAUGCCUUCCUCAAGAUCUAUCUCCACCCUUUCAAUAUGACCGCCUAUCCAGAUUCUUUCUAUUUUCCAUAAAAAAAACCCCACCAACCCCAUAUCUCUUUUUACCUGAAUUUUUCUGGGUUCUCUACCCUUUUCUUCGAUUUCUCCCCCAUUUCGUUUCUGGGUUCAAUCUGGAUUUCUGAUUUACAGAGUUAAUCGGACAUUCGACUGGGAGAUGGCUAGUGGGGUGGAUGAAAAUGGGUUCGUCUUGUUUUCUAGCGAAGAGUUGAGUGAGAUGAGUGGGGUUAAGUUCGGUGGAGAUUUUGUGGAAGUCACUUGUGGCUGUACUAGUCAUCGAUAUGGCGAUUCUGUUGGGAGGUUGAGGAUUUUUGUUAAUGGUGAACUUGAAAUCACCUGUGAAUGCACUCCCGGUUGUCAUGAAGACAAGUUGACUCCUGCUGCAUUUGAAAAGCACUCCGGAAGAGAAACAGCAAGAAAAUGGAAGAACAAUGUUUGGGUCAUAGUUGAUGGAGAUAAGGUUCCAUUGUACAAGACUGUUCUCCUCAAGUACUACAAUCAGGCGCUAAAAAACAGCAAUGGAUCCAGUAGAUCCCAAAACGGGCGAGCAUGUCACCGUGAUGAGUUUGUUCGAUGUAGUAGUUGCAACAAGGAACGCAGAUUUCGACUUAGGACAAAAGAGGAAUGCCGAAUUCACCAUGAUGCUUUGGCAGAUAGUGAUUGGACUUGUGCUGAUCUACCAUAUGACAAAAUAACAUGUGACACUGAUGAAGAACGAGCGAGCCGGAGGGUUUAUAGGGGAUGCAUCCGUUCACCAACAUGCAAGGGUUGCACUUCCUGUGUCUGCUUUGGCUGUGAUAUCUGUCGAUUUUCAGAUUGCAGCUGCCAGACCUGCAUUGACUUCACAAGGAACGCAAAAGCUUGAUUGAAUCUGCAGAACAAUUCUUCUGCCCUGAUUAUUCCCAUUUCAUUUCUUUGUAUGAUGCUCUUCUCAUACAACAUUUUAAGGACAACCAAGAAGAGAAAUUUCAGAUUAAACUCAGCCUUAUUUAAUGUCUUUACUGACCGUUAUAGCACUUUAAGAUUCAGUACUUUAUAUGCCUUCUCUAGUAAAGAAUAGAAUAUGCAACAAA